AUCAGUUCAAAUAUGUACAGCAAGAAGGACUAUUUGCCAGGCUACACUGGCUUUGUGGCUAAAAAGAACGAUAUUUAUGGUGUCACAGUCGGCGAAGCAACCAGGCAGCUCAACCAUGAGAGUUAUAAGUACACUAAUUUUACAGCUGAUAAUGAAGCCCAAAGUGGGAUUAAUAGACAGAAAUGACUCUAUUCCGCCAAGCCUGCCUCUGCUGAUGAUAGCUUGAGAGUUACAAUGGGGAAUAGGUCCAAAGAAGGCAAGACCUGGAUUGGUGGCCAUACUCAGAAUUUGAAGCCACAACAUGUGCCAGGGUAUAAAGGUCAUGUUCCCGGCAUUCACUCUGAGAAUAUUUAUGGGAGGACUUAUGGACACACAACUGGGAAAAUUAUUGCAAGAGAGCAUAAUGUAGGCAAUGAAAUUUCAACCUCUGAUAGAUUCACUACAACCACUCAGCAGGAGUUCAACAAUAAGAAUCAUAGAAGGCUGGCUGAGAACGGAGAAGCAUUAAUGAAAAGGGAUAAGGAAGAUUUCGAAGAGUAUUUUUCCACAAUGGGCAUUGAUCCCAUAGAGCUUUCUAGACUUCCAACCGAGCCAAGAGCCAUUGAUGAACUCCCAACAGUUGGAUACUGAGGAUCCCAGUCAUUAUAUAGACAUAAUUUAAUGAAAAAGGCUGGAGCUCCAAACUACUUAGAUGUUUCUCCUCUCAAGGCGAAGCUACGUUUUACAACUAAUUAUGAUUUACAAGAGACAGAGACUUACCAGAAACUGUCUACAGGAUUUAAAAAAGUUAUUGAUAAAAACACUGAUUUAUCUGAGAAACCAAUAACUAUACCUGUAGUUGGAUUCACAGGACAUAGGCCGGGAAAUAAAGCCCAGAACUUCCACGGGAAGGCAUUCAAAGAGUGCACAAUGCAGAGCAAGUGGAUUGAGAACAUGACUAAAUAAUCUCAUU